AUGUCGGACUCCUGGAGCGACACCAGCGGUGACGACAGUGAGCUGUCGGAAAGCACUGGUUUGCUGUACCCGCCUGAGACAACUAUGGUCAACAACGAUGCCAGCAUCGACAGCGUUUCGCGUGGCACUGUUACUUCAUCCACCACUGCUCUGGGCAUUUCACAAAUCAAGCCGGUCCCCUCGCACGCCCGGGGACAAGCACUGGAUAUAUCUGCAACUGACUCGCAACCGAUCUCGGAUCGUUCCGAGACGAAGCAAAAGCCGGUCACUUCCUUGAAUGAUAUCGGUCAUCCAAGUGCACAAACAUUGGCCCCACCUGUUCGGCCUGGUGAUCAGGCUCGGUCCGAGUGGGUACCUCCGGCCUCAGGGCAAGAGCCGCCGGUACCCCACUUUCGGUCCACGGAAGGCGGCACAAUGCCCGGUAUCAUAGCUCCGAAUCCUUCAUGCCGUUACAGUCAGUCUUACGAAAGCGAUCGCGAGAGCUCCCGUCCCCACGCCCAAUCUUUACUCGGAGAUCCACAGCAGGAGACCUAUUACCAGCCCCCCUCAGACAUUACCUCCAGCCGAAGUGACUGGCACUCGGUUCCUACUGAUACCACUGCCGCGUGUGCCAUGCGUACCGCUGACCCAGCAGAUUCUCGAUCCCUUCAGCGUUCCGACACUGCGACAAAGUCUGACAAGAUGGUCCAAGUCUCAGCCCUUUCUCUUGACAUGGCUGAUAUCGACCUUCGCGUCGACGAUGUCGAGCACAGAGAAGGCCAGGUUGGAGACUGGGCCAGAACCACCCCAGGUCUGAUCAUAUCGGAAACUGAAAAUAUUGAUUCUCAGCGCGACAAAGACCUCAAACUUCUGGCCUCUCUCCUGACUGCUGGCAAUCCAAAGGCUGUCAUCACUGACACGUCCAAGCUCGACAAGCAUUCGAUGGAGAACCGCCAGAUGCUGCGUUGGAUCAAGCUCGAGUUCGCCAUCCACCAGAAACAGAGACUUGGCGAUAUCACCAAAGCCAAGAAGCUCCGGAACGACACGCCCGCGACCACUACGUACCGCUUCGCCACUCACAAGUCUCUCGACGGCGUCAUCAAGGGCGCCAGAGCUGCCUACAAGAGCCUUGCUGACAAGUUCCAGCCCGAAGAAGUGCCUGACAUGAUCAAGGCUAGCAUGGAUGCCAUGCAGAAGCUGGAUGACCUUCUGACUAAUGAUGACAAUGAGAUCCUUGACGAGCUUACCGCCGAGGCUCAGAAGCAGGUCAACGCCAACCACAUCUACCAGCAGUGCAUCGCCACAGGCAAGGAGGGCGCCGAGCCCCAGAUUCAGCGCAUUGCCGUUAUUCAAAAGAGCAUUUGCACCUUUUGGCUCCGCGUUGUCAUGGUUGAUGUCAUGUUCUCGAAGCAGCACGAAGACUCGGAGAAGGGUCUGCACCCCAGCACCAUGACGGUCCAGAAGUUCCUAAGCAGCGAUCCCAUCAUCGGCUCUGCUGUCAAGCUCAUUGGUGACCUCGUUGAGGAUUUUGCUCUUCACAUGAAGAUUCUGAGGGAAAAGGCUGCCAUAUUGAACUUCAUCUCAACCAGACACAAGCAGUGCAGCCUGCGUCACCCCCUGGUCCUUAAGCUUCGCGAAGCUCUUGUCCAUGGCUGGUACCUGCCUGGCGAGCCCCAUCAGGACGGACAGCUGGAUGCCGAGACAUUCCGCAUGAUUCUCGAGACUGCCAUGUCAAUUGACUUGGAGACCUCAACCUGGAAUCUUUGGGACGAGACUGCUUGA